UUUUUUCACUUUUGACUUUUUUCUGGUUUGUCUCUCAUUUAAAUCGAGGUUAAAUUAACAUUAAUUGUUUCGACUUUAUUAGCAACAGUAGAUUUACUUUUAAGAAGUGUAAUUAGUUAUCUCUCUUCUGUUGUAAUCGUAUGUUAACUAUUGAAUUGGUUAAUGAUUUUUACUCUAACCCGUAACUUGGUGAAUGUAGGUUUAGAUGGUAUUUUUUGCUUACGUGAACAAUUUAUUAAAAGUUUUCAUUGUUCAACAUAUUUAUUGAAAAAAUUACCACCAAAUUGGCAUCAGGAUCGUUUAAUUGCUCAUCGACGAAGUAUUUUAAAGAAAAUGGCCAACACAGAUAAGUCUAUUGAGACAAUUCUUCAACCACUCAGAGAUUCUGUUAAAGAACAAGGUGAUUUGGUCCGUAAACUGAAAGAGGAGAAAGCAAAUGACAUUGAUAUUAAAAAAGCAGUGAAUGAAUUGAAAGCCAGAAAAAAGAUUCUGGAAGACAAAGAAUUGUCUCUGGCACCGGUUGAUAUAAUCUUCCAGCGAACCCGAUUAGAAGAUCUUUUAAAAAGAAGAUUUUUCGUUGACAUUUCCUUCUCAAUCUAUGGUGGUGUCUCUGGUCAAUAUGAUUUUGGUCCAAUGGGUUGUGCUAUGAAACAUAAUAUUCUAAAUCUAUGGAGGAAUCAUUUCGUCAUUGAAGAUAAUCUUCUUGAAGUGGAUUGUACCAUUUUAACACCAGAACCCGUUCUAAAGGCUUCUGGACAUGUUGAGAGAUUCGCUGACCUUAUGGUCAAGGAUGAGAAAACUGGUGAAUGUUAUCGACUUGACCAUUUGAUCAAAGCUCAAUUGGAGAAAAUUAUGGAAGAUAAAGCUCUUGACCCUUCGGUCAAAAAUGAAUGUGAAGAGAUUAUUGCUCGACUUGAUGGUUUCUCUAAAGAUGAGAUGGCGAAUGUUUUGAAAAAGUUCAACAUGAAAGCUCCGCUCACAGGAAAUGAUCUCACUGAACCAAUUGAAUUCAAUCUAAUGUUUAGCACACAAAUUGGACCAAGUGGACACAUCAAAGGUUUUCUUAGACCAGAAACAGCUCAAGGUAUUUUCGUCAAUUUUAAAAGGUUACUUGAAUUCAAUCAAGGUAAAUUACCUUUCGGUGCUGCUCAAAUUGGUAAUGCUUUUCGUAAUGAGAUUUCACCUCGAUCUGGAUUGAUCCGUGUCCGUGAAUUUACCAUGGCAGAGAUUGAAUAUUUCGUUGACCCUGGAAACAAAGAUCAUCCUCGUUUCGAGUCGAUUGCUGAUCUCAAAUUACCAUUAUUCUCAGCAUGUAAUCAAAUGGAUGGCAAACCUUUGGAGGAAGUGUCACUUCGCGAUGCAGUGGCCAACAAAAUAAUCGCUAAUGAAACACUUGCCUACUUUAUGGCUCGAAUUUAUCAAUUUCUUCUCAAGGUCGGAGUUAAUCGAGGUAAAGUGCGAUUCCGUCAACACAUGGGCAAUGAAAUGGCCCAUUAUGCUUGUGAUUGUUGGGACGCUGAGUGUUUAACCUCUUAUGGGUGGGUAGAGUGUGUCGGAUGUGCCGAUAGAUCCUGUUACGAUCUCACCCAACACUCUAAAGCAACUGGAGUAAAACUUGUAGCCGAGAAAAAUUUAACCGAACCAAUGACCGUCGAUGUGGUUGAAUGUGUUCCCAAUCGAGCGAUGAUCGGUAAAAACUAUAAAGCUGAUGCUAAGAUACUUUUAGAUGGAUUGUCAAGUUUAUCCAUUGAUGAUGUAAACAAUUUAGAGAAGAAAAUUGGAUCAGGAGAAAAUUAUCAACUCGCUUUGGGUGAGAAAUCGUUCGAUAUCUCGAAAGAAAUGGUUACCGUUCGUCGAUAUGCAAAAAAAGUUCACGUUCAAGAAAUAACACCAAGUGUAAUUGAACCUUCUUUCGGUAUUGGUCGUAUAAUGUAUUCCGUUUUCGAGCAUAGUUUUAAGGUCAGAGAGGAAGACGAACAAAGAGUUUAUUUAACAUUGGCACCGAUCAUUGCGCCCACCAAGUGUUCCGUUCUUCCACUUAGCGGUAAAAGUGAUUUUGUCCCUUUUGUCCAGAAAAUAGCGACUCAUUUGAAAGAACUCGCUGUCUCUCAUAAAAUUGACGAUUCCAGUGUUUCCAUUGGAAAACGUUACUCACGAGCUGAUGAAAUCGCGAUUCCCUUUGGUAUUACAAUUGAUUUCGAUACACUAAAAGAGCCACACACAGUUACUCUUCGAGAAAGAGAUACGAUGUCUCAAAUCCGAUUACCUGUUGACGAAGCUGCUCCUUUAGUUAGAGAUUUAUGUUCCGGUGCAAAGAGUUGGGAUGAUGUCGUGAAAGUAUAUCCACAAUUUGAACAACAAGAGACAACAACCAAAGAUUAAACAAUUAACUAUGAAAAGAUGAAAUGAUCAACGAUUAAUUUAUAUUUAUCCUUGUAAAUUUUUCAAUUGCAUCUUUUUAUCAACAUAGAGAAAAUAUAAAAUUUUGAUCGAGAAAAUUUAUCUUCUUCAAAAAGAUGAUAUUUAAUUUGAAUUAAACAUUUUCUACCUUCAAAGAGAUCAUUAAAUCAAGUUGAUAUAAUUGCA